GAUGAACGAGAACGAGGAAGUCGCGCUUGUGGGAUGGGGAGUUCACAAUAACAGCUGGACUGUCCACUAUAUCCACGCCCGCUUGUCAUUGAAUGACAGUCACUGAGCAGGAAGACAGAGAGAGGCGUCUCCACCGUGCGGCGCCACGAUCGAUGCGACACAGUACACCUGAGGAGUGAACCAUACCUGCGGAGAGUAGACUCUUCUCCAAAAGCAGCCCGCCAACAUGGGGUUAUCGCCUUCUAGUCUCCUAGAUGAACAUGGAUCCAACUACAUACGAGGUUCAGCCAGGAGUUGAUGGAAAGUCGGAAGAGCGAAUUAAAUGGUGCCCUUCUUUGUGAGGCAAUGGAAAACCUCUGAAAAGUUGAGUAAACUAAAAAAGGCUGUGAAACCAGUUACUUAGUAAUAAUAAUUAGUUGAAACAACUACAUUUUUUUACAGUGCAGCCUGCCCCAACACCAACAUUAUACACACCUGGAGAAGGGUGCUGCACACACACGUAGAGAGACACACCACACACACACACCUGAGAAAAACACUCACACAACUCAAACAGGUUGGCCUAGGUAGGUCAGGGACAUCCAGGUAUAUCAGGUUGCAAGGUUAUGAAAUCUAGGUAGUAAGCUUAUCAUUUGUUUGAUACAAACAAUCUUUUCAUUCACACUCUAAUGUAUCCAUACGCACGCACACACAAACAAGAAUCUUGAAUGAAAUGGAAGCAAUUGCAUUACAGGUUGGGUCAUAGCUCUCGCCCACGAGGAACGGUUGUGCAGAGGCGGAGUUGAAAGAGUUCAGUCCCCACUACAGGACACAGUACUCUGUGGUCUUCUUCUCCCAAAUCCAGGAUGAGCUGGAGCAGCCAAAAGAGAAAAUAAAACAGCUCCUCAAACAGAGGGGUCCUCCGGAGGCGGGGGAGGUGCUGUAUGAGGAACAAGUCCUUCAUUUUGAAGCAACCAGGAAGUGGGAAGAGAGGUACGUGGUGGUGCGUGGCAACUACUGUCUGGAGUGCCACAACAGCUUUGAGACCUUUGUGAAGGGUGUGCCCCCGCGCCACAAGCUGCUGCCAACAGGGGGCACAGUGCUUACCACAGAGGAGAAAUACAUGGCCAUGGUGGACAAAUGCUUCCCUGUUUCUGAAACCAACAAUGUGAAUGAAAAGUUUGCCCCUCCUAUAAUCGGCAUGCCUGGACAGUUCCCUGUGUACCUCAGGCUUCCGUACCGUAGGGAUUACUACUUCUGCUUCCGACAGGAUGCUCGCCAAGCUGAAUUCCUCUCCAUCCUCUCCGACUGCAUCCGCCACCAGAACCAAGACUUCCUAAAGAAGAAGACAGUUGAGGUGCAGGCCUUCCUCAAAGCAAUCCACCUCUAUAGACAGGAGAAGGGCAGCUAUGACUCCUGGAAAAUGCUGAUUGGCAGUGACGUCAGGGUAUUGGCCAACCUGGUUAUGGAGGAGCUGUUGCCCUCUUUGGAGAAGGACAUGCUUCCUCAUCUAAAAGCCAGGAAGACAGAGAGGAAGAGAGUGUGGUUCGCUACAGUAGAAGCGGCCUAUUUCCUGGUGCAGGAGUGUCUAUUUAAGGGUAUGUCUGCUCUGAAGGAGGAGUGUAGGAAGGCAGCUCACCAGCAGGAGGUGCUGAUACGCUCUGAUAUGGACCAGAUCCUCAACUCCAGAACCUACCUGGAGGGAAAACUACGAGCUAGUGUAUUGGAGCCAGCAGAGAAGUUCUGUUCGGAGGGCGUGCAGCCCUACCUGGCCUCCGUACUGGAGGAGCUGAUGGGACCAAUCAGCUCAGGGUUCCAGGAAGCACGGCUCCUGAGUGACAGCCAGAUGGACCAACUGUGUCAGGACUUCCAGGAGGGCGGGGUUACCAAUGAACUCAAGCAGGCCCUAGCUAAACUGAGUAGGCCCAAUCUGUUGAGUUGUUACCAGAGGAUCAAUUCUCUCCACGACCAGCUGCACGACCUGCAGGAACGCUUUGGCUUCUCCAACAUCAGCAGCCUGGUCCACAGCACCCAGAUAGACCUACAGCAGCUGGUGGAGAAUGCAGCGUACACAUUUCAUCUGCUGCUCUACAAGGACAUAGAGGACAACCCAGGCAACGCAUGCUCUGCCAUGGAGAAGUCCAGGCACAGGGUGCUCAAGCAAUAUGACUAUGACAGCAGUACGGUGAGGAAAAGGAUCUUUCAUGAGGCCUUGGUGGGGAUCACUCUCCCUCACAUCAAGAAGACCCUGGCCCCCACUUACAAAACAGAGCUGCAGGGUCUUAAACAGUUAGUCUGUGCAGACUAUUCCAACUUUGUCCAUGUUCACAAUAUCUAUGAGGGCAUUUUGCUGCAGAUUCUGAACAAGGAAGUCAUCAAAGUGUUGGAGGAGGCAGCCAGGCUGAAGAAACACAAUCUGUUCACAGACACCAGAGACCUCCUGAGCCAGUCCAGCUGCUCCAGCCUCUUCUCCACCCCUUUCAUCCCCAGCAACCCAGCCAGGAUGCUAGGCUUCCACGGACAGCUCCAGACCCAGCCUGAGACCCCUACCUUUAUCCAGACCCACCCUGAGACCCAGCCCGAAGCCGAGCCCCAGCCACCAUCCCUGCUGAGCCAAAGAGGCCCUCCAGGCUGGGGAGCCCGCUGAGCCUGCCCCCAAGGCCCUGGACUGUGUGAAGGAGAUCCGGGACCUGGUGGUGGAGGAGUUGGAAGUGAAGAAGAUGGUGCAGCGUUACCCAGGUAGUCAUGACCUAUAAGAGAGUGGUAACAAAGUAAGGGGCCUGAUAUCAUACAGGGAAUAAAGGAUGACAAGGGCCCAUUUUUUUUAUCACUGUAAUUGUGAGGAGUAUGGAAAUGUGAUAGACUAUACCCGUGCUGUUGUAGAAACCGACUGAGAUUACCUUCACUGUCAAAAAACAAAGUAAUUUUUAUACAAGCAUAAAACUGUAAGUUUCCAUAAAACUGGUCAAAUAUGAAUGUAUACAAUUGUGUUUGUGAGAAGAUCAAUGUGGUGAGAUCUGGGCAUAACUGGAUUAUCAAAUUUGGGACCAAGGAAAGCAUCAAAUUGACUAUUGCAAUUGUGUGGAAUGAACUUCAUUUGUGUCAUAGAUUUUUAUAUGUAUUUUAGAUGAUUUGAGAACAGUUUGAUAUAUGCCAAUUUAAGUUGUUCAAUAUUAAAUCAAGAACACUGCCGUAUAUUGAAUCGGUCUGAGUAGCAAUGGGAGGGUUCUACAUAUGGAGGGUUUAGGGAUUUUCUGUUCUAUGUACAGCUAUCCCAACAAGAGAUACAUCCAAAGGCAUCAUGAUUUGAGGAGCUAAUGUUUUUUCCAAGUAUAUUAUUAUACUGUAUACACGUAGGCCUACUGCAUUGAUUCCAUGAAGAAGAAUGAGCCAUUUCCAAUGGACGUGGUUGCUAUGGAGA